AUGACACAAAUCAAUUCUAUUGAUACUGGACAUGAAGAACUUAUUCACGAUGCUCAAUUAGAUUAUUAUGGAACAAAAUUAGCCACAUGUUCAUCAGAUAAAACUAUUCGCGUUUUUGAUGUUAUAAAUCAUCAACAAAAAUUAAUUGCAGAUUUAAAAGGUCAUGAAGGUCCUGUGUGGCAAUUGUCAUGGUCUCAUCCAAUGUAUGGUAGUUUAUUAGCAUCAUGUUCCUAUGAUAAAAAGGUCAUUAUUUGGAAAGAAACAUCCUCAUCCACGUUACCCACACCUCAGUCGUCGAGUGGUGGUUCACAUUUUCAAAUUAUUCACGAAUACGAUAGACAUACAUCAUCUGUGAAUACAGUGGCUUGGGCACCAUAUGAGUACGGUUUAAUGUUAGCAUGUGGAAGUUCUGAUGGAUCGAUUUCUAUAAUUACAUCAAGUGGUGAUGGAAGAUGGACAGCAAAAAACCUUCCUGAUUGUCAUCCGCCAGGAGUAAAUGCGUUGAGCUGGGCUCGAUCGAUUGGUACACAAAUAUCAGCAUCAGCCGCCAUGGAUGAUUCAUCUUUGACAACAGGAAAUACUGAACUUGUUAAACGUUUUGUAUCUGGUGGAUGCGAUAAUCUUGUGCGAAUAUGGAAAGAACAAGAUGAUGCUUGGAUAGAAGAAUCCCAUUUAGAUCAACAUACAGAUUGGAUUCGAGAUGUAGCUUGGGCACCAACAUUUGGAUUAUCUAAAGAAAAAAUAGCGAGUUGUUCACAAGAUGGUCGUGUUUAUGUGUGGACGCGUGAUGUUCGUACACAAUCAGCAUGGGAAUGUACACAAAUUGGAACGGUUUUUGAUGAUGUUGUAUGGAGUGUUAGUUGGUCGUUGACUGGUGAUAUUUUAGCCGUGGCUUCAGCUGAUAAAGUGUCACUAUGGAAAGAAGGUCUCGAUGGGAAAUAUCAAUGUUUAACCACACCCACAUCGGCAAUGACAGCUACAAAUAGUAUAACAGACUUGUCCGAUACAGCCAUGAAUGGUGGUGUUGGGGGUAGUGGAACACAAGCAACAAGUUCAUUACAAGCACCCACACCAUUAAUGGUCUCCUAG